GGGUGGUUUGUAUCUCUCUGACUAAGCCCCGGAAUAGGGUGAAGCUCGAUCCACUUUUUGUCUGUUCCAGUGUCCACUUUGUCCACUUUGUCCACUUUUGUCCACUUUGCAAAUCCUCCCUUUUGAACCCAGUCAAUCCAGUGACGCUCAUUGCAUUACAACGACUCAACUACACCUCAUCGCUGAUGCGUCCCACGCUACGCCACUCCUUAUCGGUUGCGCGGUGAUUGGUGAUCGAUCCUUAUCGCCAAAAGCAUCAACAACAUCAUUUAUCAUCCAUUGCCGUCAUUUCCAUAACUCUAUUUCCCACAAUCUGGGGAUCAUAUCAUCGCGUCCCUGACCAGGUCUCCACCAGCACAAUAUGUCAGGCCGAUCAAAAGCCUCCUCCUCCUCCUCCUCCUCCUCCUCUUCUUCUUCCAUCUCGCUGGGCUCUGGCUUUCCUUCGGAUGACCCCGAUGGCCCUUUGUACUUGCCUCGCGAACUCCGACCGCGAACUCCCUCUUCCUCUCCGCCUCGCUUUCCCUUCCUCCCUUCUCCGCCCGAGACUCUGCCCCUCUUCCUCUCCUUGCUUGCCUUUCGUCUUGUAAAUGCCUUAACUACCCGCACCUUUUUCCAACCCGAUGAAUACUUCCAGUCUUUGGAACCAGCCUGGCAGGCCGCCUUUGGUCCGGAUCACGGGGCAUGGAUCACUUGGGAGUGGCGGCACCAGCUGAGAUCCUCGCUUCAUCCUCUACUCUUCACCGUUGUGUAUUCCGCCGCCAGCGGGCUCGCGCGCGCUCUGCAUCUCCCUCUUGCAUGGCAGGCAGAUGUUCUCAUUGCCGCCCCGAAGGCGGCGCAGGCCGUUAUCGCAGCACUCGGAGACUAUUAUACCUGGAAGUUAGCUCGCUGUGUCUACGGCCUAGCCAGUCCAGAGGCCUCAGCCGUACUGGCGCUGACCGCUCUUAGCCCUUGGCAAUGGUUUUGUUCUACUAGGACACUGUCCAACUGCCUGGAGACAACACUCACCGCUGUUGCUCUCAAUUUGUGGCCGUGGGAAUGGUCGGUAGCCCCAAAGCCGACCGCCCAACCCAGGACAACUGGCCGGAUAAUUCCCAGGCCCUGGGACGUGGUCAUUGAGGGCCAACGGGCUCAACACGAUGAGGUGGUUCUAGAGAGGCUGAGACGUUGUCUCCCGCUCGCAGCUCUGGCUUGUAUCCUGCGGCCCACCAACAUCUUGAUCUGGCUGGUUUUAGCAAGUGUUGUGUUGCAUCGCAGCACUUGGGCGCGAAGGAGACUUCUAGCUCGUGAGGCUGGCAUUUGGGGCUCUGCAGUUCUAGCUGUAUCAGUCGUGGCAGAUCGACUGUUUUAUGGAACUUGGACGUUACCGCCUCUCCGCUUUCUUUACUUCAACAUUGCCCAAUCUCUAGCUGUAUUCUAUGGGGGCAAUGAUUGGCAUUACUACCUUUCCCAAGGGUACCCUUUGCUACUCACCACUGCGCUCCCUUUCACUCUUGUGGGCUUAUAUCGUGUUUGGACACGCUCGGAUGCAGCUGACAACACUAACCUGCAAGUUCAAACGCAGACCCAAAUGCAAAUUCAAUUGAACUACAUCUGCCUUCUCUUGCCUCUUAUACUCUCACUGAUCUCUCACAAGGAGGUGCGAUUUAUCUACCCGUUGCUGCCAGCGCUGCAUGUCUUGACUGGCCCAGUCCUGGUGGACUUUUUCGGACCCGCGGUAACACAGUCAAGUGGCAAGCACAUUCCUCGACGGCUUCUUCUGGUGUUUCUCUUGCUAGUCAACAUUUUCAUCGGGCUUUAUACCACCACAUAUCAUGCAUCUGGGCCCAAUGCCGUGCUUUCAUACCUCCGAGACCAGCGGCAGCUCCACGGCUCUAGAAACAUGGGCAAUAUUAAUGGGCCGGGCAUCACCGCUGGCUUCCUCAUGCCAUGUCACAGCACCCCCUGGCGAUCACACAUAAUUUACCCCUCCAUCAAUGCCUGGGCAUUGUCCUGCGAGCCUCCCGUUGGCAUGAAUGCGACCGAAAAGGCCGUGUAUCGGGACGAAGCUGAUCAAUUCUACGAUGACCCUUCCGGAUUCCUGCGUGCCAAUAUGGCCGGUGGGUUAGGCUAUUUUCCCCGGAGACCGAGCUAUGAGGUCCCUGAACGGCCCCGCUCGUCUCAACAGUCCGAGAAGAUUUCCAAGCACGACUGGCCUGAUUACCUUAUCUUUUUUGCCCAAAUGGAACCUACGCUCAAGAAACUGCUUCGCAGUUCCUCAUACGACGAAUGCUGGCGUACUCAUAACACCGAUUGGCAUGAUGACUGGCGUCGUCAGGGCGAUAUCGUGGUCUGGUGUCUGGACCCAUCCGAGCAAAUGGACUGGCGGGCCACGAAACGGGCCCGCCAACUGCAGCAGCGCGAUCGUAUAUUUGACCGCAUUGUCGAGACCAUCAAGAAACAAAGUUUAGGCGGCAGACCCCAGAGGUGGUAUCUCGGCCGCUGGACAGCCUCGCGUCCCCGGUCUUCGUCGUGGUCAUGGUUGUGGCCGUGGUAUCAGCAGCCCAGACGUACUGUGCUCGGAUUUGAAGUUCCGAGCUGGUUGGAUCGCCUUUGGGAUUAUGUUUGGUGAUAGCAGGUAGUAGCACUUUUUCUCCUUUGUUUUCCCCUCGAAGUGAACACGUAUACCCAUAUCU